AAAACAUAAUAAUGAAUGAUUAUGAUUUAUUAAAUCGAUAAUAAUGUGGUUUGUUAAGGAUUAUUGUGGUUUUAUACUAGCCUUUUUGACAUGGAAUUUGAUAAUGUAUGCUGAAUUUGUUGUAAUUUAUGUUUUAUUAUGGUCUCAGCCAUGGACAGCAUUUAAGAUAAUUAAUAUAUUAUUCUUCCAAACCACUAUAACCUUGGCAUUUAUAUCUCACCUGCGCUCCAUGUUAACAGAUCCAGGAACAAUCAAGCUUAAGUUACUUCCUUACAAUUCAAAUCCUCUUAAAUCUAAAGGGAGCCAUAAUUACUUUUAUCACUAUUCUGACCCUGAUAUUAAGAAACUAAAUAAAUACAGUGAUACCAGUCUAGAUGAAACUAAAUUGAGUUUGAUGACGGAAUACCAAGAAGAGAAUGCACAAUAUUAUCCAAUACCCAGACAAGAUGACCAAAAUAUCCAAAAAUCACUGUUGGGACAUUCCUCUAACCAUGAAAAUUAUCUUGGUCAUUAUGUUAAGGAAUCAAUAUGCCACUUUGACUCAGAUGAUUCAGAAAACAAUACUGAAAUGAUUAUGUCUUCACAAGAUGGAAAUAUCGAGAUGAAUAUGGAUAACGGGGAUAAAGCUUUAAGGAGAAAACCAGUGUUUAGAUGUCUCAAAUGUUUCUCACUUAAACCAGAGAGGGCUCAUCAUUGCAGCACAUGUAAGAAGUGUAUCUACAAAAUGGAUCACCAUUGUCCAUGGAUCAAUAAUUGCGUUGGUGAAAACAAUCAGAAAUUUUUUGUUUUAUUUAACCUCUACAUAUUAUUAUCCGGGGUUCAUGCUCUAUUUCUAUCGGGUCACCACACUUAUUUGUGUUUGAAAUCCGAAUGGCAAGAAUGCACACAUUCGUUCGAACCUCCUACUGCCUUUUUGCUCAUAAUAUUUUUGACCUUCGAAUCUUUGCUAUUUUCCAUAUUUUGUUCGGUUAUGACUGGCAUGCAAAUACAUCGGAUAUUGACGGAUACCACCGCGAUAGAAGCUCUUAAAAAACACGGUACACCGAAUUACGGCCAUCACCCACCCGAUGGUAAUGGUGAUUACGUCAUCAAUUUUGAAAACAUAGAUAGUUUUGAUAACCGAGACAACUUUGAUAAUUAUGACUCGUCGACGAAAGUAAACUAUUCUAGCAAGCGUUACAAGACGGAACAACUGAGAAAGAUGGUUGGCGGUAAAAAGAAAGCCAUCUUAUUCAACUUGAGCGAAGUUUUCGGUGACAAGAUAUCUUACAAUUGGUUAUCGCCAUUCCAUAGUCCCGUAUUUAGAGCUCGUAAUAUAUUUGCUAGUCGUCAAACGUUUCAAGCCUAAAGUAAUAACUCCUUCAAAAAAAAAUACUACCUGUUUUUUUAAGUUGUUGAAAGUUAUUCUUAAAAAUUAUCGAAUGUUUUUUUUGGUGUAUGUAAAACUCCAUAUUUUUUUUUAAAAAAUAAUCUUAUAAUCUCAAGCCAAAUUGUACUAACAUUUAUUUAUAUAUUAACGCUUAUUUCUUUUCUCACGAAUAAUUUGGAAUAAUUUUUUUAUAAAACCGGUUUUAGAUUCAUAAACCGUGAAUUGACUUUUAAAUGAUUAUUUUUUGCUUAAAAAAUUUAAUAUUUUGCAAUAUACAAUAAAUUAAAGCCAAUGUUUUGGUUAUAUGCCAGCUAAAAGAUUUUUUGUAAAAAAAUAUAAAUUCAUUAUGCAAAUUAUGAUUGUAAAUUGUGAGUUAGACUUAAUUUAUUAAUUUUUGCCACUUGAAUAAUGAAAACUUAAUGAUUUCUUUCGCCAAAUUGUUUUAUUUUUGUGUACGCGAAAUGUAAAAAAAAUCAUUUAAAUCAUUGACAAUUUUUAUUUCAUACAUAAUAUUUUUUUUUAUACAAUUUUAAUUUAUAUUUAUAAAAAAAAUCAGAUUUGUUUAGAUAUACUAAAAAUCGUUUUAUUUACAAGGCAUAUAAAAUUUUAUAUUUUUUGACCAACAAUUCAUGCCUAUUGUUUAGGUUUUCAAAGUUUUAUUUAUAAUAAAUAUGUAUGUUAAUCUUAAUCAAGAUAGAAAAUGUAGUUUAAAGAAUUAUUUGUAAUGAACAAAACGUUUUGCACACUAUGUAAAAUCAAUUAAUGCUAUUAUUAUAUUAUUUUUUUUAAAUAUAAUUUUGCAAUCCAUAUUUUAUAAUCGUUUAUUAU